UUCCAGACGCUAAAAGACGACUUUGAGAGAACUGUGAUAGAUGACAGCCGGGGCCCUGGCAUCCCCAUGGAGAUUAUUGUGGGGAAGAUGUUCAAAAUCGAGGUGUGGGAGACCCUUCUAACUUCCAUGCGGAUCGGCGAGGUGGCAGAGUUCUGGUGUGAUGCUAUUCACACGGGAAUGUACGCCUUGGUCUCCAAGGGCAUGAGGAAAAUUGCCGAGGGCAAGGACCCCCUGGAGGGCCAGAAGCAUCGCUGUGGGAUGGGCAACAUGUUCGAUUACCACACCACAGGCCACGCAGACCUGGAUGAACUGCAGCAGACGCCACAGCCCCUUAUUUUCAUUAUGGAGCUGUUCAAAGUAGAGGAUCCCUCUUCCUACAAGCGGGAUACGUGGGCCAUGAACAACGAGGAGAAGCUGCUGGCUGUGCCGAAGCUGCACACGGAGGGCAACCGACUGGUCCUUUCCAGGAAAUUCAAGGAAGCGGCAGAGAAAUACCAGGAAGCUGUCAUCUGCUUGCGCAAUAUCCAGGCCAAGGAGAAGCCGUGGGAUGAAGACUGGAUGAAGCUGGAGAAUCUCAUUACACCUCUUGUGCUGAACUACUGCCAAUGCCAGCUGGAGUUGGGGGAGUAUUAUGAGGUGCUGGAGCACACAACCGACCUCUUGCAGAAGAACAAUGAAAAUGUCAAGGCUUAUUUCAAACGGGCUAAAGCCCACGCUGCUGUCUGGAAUGAAAAGGAGGCCCGAACAGACUUUUUGAGGGUGGCCCACCUGGAUCCAUCGCUGACUGCCGCUGUGAGGAAAGAAUUGAAGCUCUUGGGGGAGAGGAUGAGGAAGAAGCACGUGGAAGACCGCAAGAAGUACAAAGAUCUCUUCCAGCAGCCUCCUCCUAAAGGAGAAACCAAGGGGAGAGCAAUGGAGGAGACAGAAAAGCUGUCAGAUUCUAGCCUCAGCCCACAAACAGAGGAAAAUAUUCAAGAAACUCUUAAGCCUGAGAGAGGAAGAGAAGAAGGGAGAUGGAUGGGUGCAAAGACUGAAGAAACAGAGCAAGGGAACUUAGCAGAGAAAGACGAAGGACUCCUAAUGAAGACAGGUGAAAUGGACAAAGAGGACAGCACCCCUCAGAAAGUGAGGGAAGAGGAAAUGGGAAAUAAUUAUAAAGGAAUGAUGGAGAGCCAUUCUGGAGAUGACCUGACAGGCUGUGAAACCUCUGGAUGCAAGGAACAGUUAGAGUUUGGGCAGUGGAAACUUGAAGAACAGAGGGGGGAAGUGGAAGAGGUUAGUUCUGGGGCUUGGGAUCAAAACAGAGAAGUGGAUUUUCCAGUGCUGCAGGAAAAGGACGCAGAAAGAAGAGCCGUCCCUGGGAGCCCUGGAAAGGAAUUAGGGGGAGUUGCAGGAAACCAUGUGAACAGCAGCAUAGGGGAAGGGUUCAUUAAAGGUCCUUGUGAGACUGGAGUGGGCAUUGGAGCAGAGAACUUCACAAGAGAGAUGGAAGGAUAUGAAGCAAGUUGUGGGAAACGAGAAGCCCCAACUGUUGAAUUGUCAAGGGGACAGGGUGAUAAGGGCUUUGGAGCAGAGGAUCCCAAGGAUGGGGUUAUAGUGGAGAGCCCUCAGGAAAGUAGUGAAAAAGAUGACUUCCAAAUCCUUCAGGAAGGAUCAAAGACAGAAGCAAGUGUGGCAACAGAACGGAGGGAAAAGGUCAGUUCUGACUGGGAAAACUGUGGUGGGCCAAGAAAGGAGAAUUCUACUGGAGAGGAGGAGGAACCUAAAGAAGAAACAAAAUUGGGAGAGAAAAGAAGAGAAGAUAAUGAUCAUUCCAUUCCAGAAGAGGAGACACGUUGCUGUGAAGCAGGCCCAGAGCAUUGUGAGGGAGAGGCAGACCCAGAAGACUUUAAAAGAGUGGCAACUGGUGAACAUGUGAAAAUAACAUUAGAUGUUAGGGCCAAGGAAGUGAUAAGCCUCGAAUCAGAGCAUGCCAGAGAAGAGGGGGGUGGCCACAGAGAGGUAGCUGGAUGUAGGGAGGAAGGAACUGAAGUUGGUGGCAGAUCAAGGCUGUGCAAAGAUGCACAAGGAGAUGUGGCAGACCCAGAAUGGUUCAAGGCAGAAAUAAGCUUCAAAGCUGAUGAUCUGGAGAUGGGAACGAGAGGGGAGGAUUCCAAGACAGAGCAAGUAGAUCUGCAAGUUAGGGGGGUAGAGCCAGAAGUGAAAACAGGCAGGGAAGCAGAACUGAUUGUGGGGCAAGAAUCUCUAUGGGGCAAUGGUGAGGUGUCGAGAAAGGAGGAUGGAGAUACAGAAGGUAUUUCAUUGGCCACCCACUGCAGAGGAGACAAAAGCGAAGUGCUGGAGUUGACUGGAUCUGGAGCAGUGGGUGAGCUGAACAUUUCUACCCUAAGACAACGAAACCUGAUGAAAGAGGAAACCCAGUGAGGAGGCAGAGAGGUAUGAAAAAUAGUGGGUU